AUACCAACAAAAGCAUCCUUUCUCUCUAGAAAAACAAAUCGUCCUUUUAUUUCCUAUCUUUUUUGUGAUUCGUAAAUCAUGACUUCAGUUAGCAUCAAUAUUGAGAUUCCUUCAUCAUUUUCUGCCGAAAAGGUUUUCAAGGUGUUCAGUGAUUUUGACACCAUUGCACCUAAAGUAAACCCUGAAGUAUUCAAGGCUAUCGAGACGAGCGAAGGCAACGGAGGUGUCGGAACCAUAAAGAUCUUCACUUUUGGUGAUGCCGUCCCAUUUACAAGCGGGAAAUAUAAGGUGGAUGCUAUUGAUGCAAACAACUUCAGCUAUACCUACUCAUUCUUUGAAGGUGACAACUUGAUGGGCAUAUUAGACUCCAUCACAAAUCAAAUUACGAUCGUACCUUCUGCUGACGGAGGAAGCAUAUUCAAGCAAACAAUCAUUUACAACUGCAAAGGGAAUGAUAAGCCAUCUGAAGAGGUUCUUAAAAUUGAAAAAGAGAUAUAUGAGAAAACCUUCAAGGCUAUUGAGGCUUAUGGUGUUGCCCAUCCCGAAAAUUAUUGAUUCAUCUCCGUCAACAUUUUUAUCAUGGUUUCAAAUCCUCUCGGUAUCAUGUUUUAUGUUUCCCGUUUUUAAUGUGGUUUAAAAUAAUGAACAAGAUUCUCGUUAUCUAAUUGUUGUACUAUGUUCCCAUCUGUUACAAUCAAAUAUGAUGAGCAACUUUGGAUUAAUUUUUUGCUAAAA